AACGCUUGACGUGCGGUUGCAUACUACUUACUCAUUUGACAGAACCUAGACGGCAGACCACAACAUACAAACUCAAAGACCAGUCCUAUGACAAGAAUAAUCGGCCGAGAUGGACUAGAAUCUUGAUAGGAGACACACCUCUCCGAAGAAAUACAUAAUGUGCAACGGCUCAUCCUCCCGCCCAUCCCAAGGCGGAACAAUCGCAAUCCUAAAACCCACCCAACCAUCCUCACACCACCACGAACUCUCAUUACGACUCAUCAACACCGACUCAGAAAGCCAAACGACGGCCAUCGUCCAUGGCCUGAACGGCGGAGGCCACUUCAUAGUCCAUCGUGACGGUGAUCUGACGUCUCAGCAACCGCUAGACGCAUCAGUACUGCACGAAUUCCAAGUCACGAAGGACGAAUUCCUGGCGCCGAGAAUGGAUUUGGGAGUUGGAGGGGAUGGGGUUAUUGGAAGGAGGGUGUCGUUGAUUCAAAAUCAAAUCUUGGUUGGGCAGGGGAUAAUUGGAUGGAAUUGAAGCGAUUGAGGAACGAAGUUGAUUGUUCUUAGCGAGGGUUUUUUGGUGUUUGAGGGUUGUUCAGGUUCCUGAAGUAAAUGAUCGAGAUGCUUGAGCCAACACGCUGUGCUGCACUUGUUACCACAAGCGACUUUUGUGAAUCUAUCGAUGAUUUGGGUAGAGUACUGUACAGUGUAUAUACACCUGUGUCUAGGGAUCUAAUCUCACCCGUCAUCUAUGGCUUUAUU